UUAGUUCCUCACCGGACCUAAUGUAGUGGUGCACAAGACGCGGGCAUGGCGUCCUUCAAUUUGAGGCAACUGUAAUUGACACUGUGGCGUUAGCUUACCUGUAUUUCUGCGGUCGUCGAACAAUUCGUCAUGAUGGUAGUUAGAGCUGCCUGUCAGGUUCUCCAACGCCGCUUGACGUCGACCGCAGCGGCUGCACGUCUGUCAACUGCAGAGGCUCUCAGCCAUCGCAAUGCAGUCUUCUCCAGAGAGCAGGCCAGGCAGCGUGGUCUGUACCCCCGUGUGGAGAAGAUUGAGGUGUCCAUGCAGGGCCCAGGGUUGGAUGGCACUCUGCUCAUCAUGAACCGAGGGAUGUCCACACCGCUUAGCUGCGCCAGGCAUCUGACAGAGCAUCAUGUGACCAACUGUGUUUUGGCCCUGGUGGAUGGAGAGCUGUGGCCUCUCCAUCAGCCGCUCACUCACUCCUGCACUCUCACGCUGCUUACGUUUAAAGACAGCGACCCCACAUUGGUCAAUGAGGCUUAUUGGCGGUCCUGCACUGCUCUCCUUGGUCAGGUGCUGGAAACGGCGUUUAAGGACGAGUUCUCCGUGCAGUUGCUCAGCACGCCAGAGGUGCCAGUUACGUCCGGAGCUUUCCUUUGUGAUGUGGUGCUGGACCCUCAGCUGGACUCUUGGACUCCCACCGAGGAGUCAUUGCGGUCUCUGACGAAAGGAGCCCAGCAGCUCAUCGUGCAGGACCUGGCCUGGGAGCCUUUGGAGGUUUCCCCCUCUGUGGCACUGGAAGUCUUCUCACACAGCAGGUACAAACAGGAAGAGGUGGAGCAGAAGGCAGCGCAGAAUCCCAAAGGGGCAGUGAUGCUUUAUAGAUGUGGGGACCAUGUCAUGUUGAGUGGGGGCCCCCUGGUGGCCAGAACUGGUCUGUGCUUCCAGUACGAGGUGACAGCUCUCCACACUUUGGGCCCAGGGUCUUGGGGCCUGCACCGCCGAGCACAGGGCCUCUCACUGCCUCUGCAGCUGCAGGCCCACCACACAGUCUGGAGGAAACUGAGGCAGCGGGCAGAGAAACUGGUGAGAACAAACAUCCCUGUUUCACACACUCGUCCAACAGAGAAAACAUCAAAGGUAAAGCGAGUCUGCCAGCUCAGGCAAUGCCGUACUGGCGAGGCGUCGCUUGGGUCUCCAUGCUGGAUGCUCGUCCAAAUUACCGCUUGUUCUAAAUCCAGCCAGCCCCUCGCCCUCGAUGCCCCCAUCACUCCAGAUUUCACAAGGUAGCUAGAGGUUAGGUCUUAACGUCGUUAUUUUUAUGGCAUUGGGUUUAUGUUUCUGGCAAAAAACUGAGAGACUCUCAUCCUUCUCAUGAAGGACAAACUGCUCCUUUCUGAAGUCAACAUCAAACACACCAAGGAUCCAAAGAACUAUUUUUAAAUCUCUCCAGACUCUCCACGAGGUGCAUCGCGACACAUUCUGACUGAAGCACCAAAGAUGCAUAAAUUCUUGCAAUUCAAACUAGGCUGAGUUAAUUUUGGAUGGAACCAUCUAGGCAAAAUAUAUUCUGCUGCAGCCUUUCUGGUAUUCACUGUGCAUCACUGACUGUAUGUGUGUGUGUGUGUGGGGGGGGGACUACUCAUUAAUAGGCACACUUGAUUUGGCAGCUGAUGACAUACGAUGCUCCGUGGCCUACAUUUCCUUUUCACAGCGCCACUGCUAUUUGGGGAAUUGAAACUGCACUUUGUUAAAGACAAACGUAUGGACUCAAGAGUUGGACGCGUGUCAAAAGUGAAUGAUAUCUGGAUCGGGUCUUAGUGGAGUUCCGACGCACGGCAGAUUAGCAUGCAGAGCCGCUGCUGCUCUGUUUUAUGGUUUAGAGGAACGUCACCCGGUAUACUGUGUGCGAUCUUGUCAUGUCCUUUUCG